UAAUUGAUUACAUGGGAUAGAAGAGAAAACAAAAACCCGAGGGACAAGCAGCGAUCAUAUAUUUCGAAGUAACCGUUGUGCCCCCAUUUCUAUUUUCGACCAUCUCUUCCUUCCUCCUUUAUUUUUCCUCUCCUAGCUUUUUCCAUAACUCCAUCUCCUUCUUGACGCAAUAAAAAAAAAGAGCAGGAAAGGCGAGGGUUAUAAUUUUUAGCUGUGAAAAGAGAUGAUUCCGCAGCAAUGGGCACCGCCGUGUAACAAUCAGUGCACCCAUAAAUACGCUGCUCUCAUGCAAAUCCCUUGGAGAGUUUUCUGCAAAAAAGGAUGUGAUGCUGAUGGCGAGUCAUGGGAUGAAUGUUUGUCAGAAUGUGAGGAAAUAUGCUAUAAAAAUCCAGUUCUGAAGGAUCAACAGUGGAGUGCUUACAUUGAUCGAUCCCCUGGUGCUGCCAGCUGCUCUGAGGAAUGCUUUCAUGCUUGUGUAGCUGGCUGCGGAUACAAGUUUGAUGUUCCUUCCCAAAAAGUCGAUCAAAUCCAUCCGAGCAAGCCUCUCAAGCCUCCUCCCAAAGAGAAGCCGGCCAUGCCUGCUGUUAAAAGAAUACCACCCCUUGAAUCCAGCCAACUCAUUGAUGAUGUACCUGGGACUUCCGCGUAGCAGCAGUGGAUCUAACAGUUGCGAUAACUGGGAAUCUAACAAUAGAUUUUGAUGAUGUACCUGGGACUUCCACAUAGCAGCGGUGGAUCUAACAGUUAAGAUAACUGGGAAUCUAACAAUAGAUGUAUUUGGAAAGAAUGCAUUUUUCUUAUUUACUAGGAUUACUAGCAUGAUUCUAAGUUUUGUCACAGCAUAUUAGAUGCAGUAGUAAUUUUUGGUCUUUUUGGAAAAUUGGCAAGAAAUUUAAAAUUUAACAAUCAUAGACCAGUGUUUCAUGUUAUGAGCUUUUUGUACUACGUAGCUAAAAAUGUAA